AUGUGUGACGCGGGCAGUUACCCAGCCCUGCAGGCAAGAAGUGUGGGCAGAAGCAAGGGCAGGCUGUGGGCCGCGGCGGCCGCAGAGGAACAAAGCUAUGAAUAUGGCUCCACGAGAUACCUGCUGGUAUGCGGCCUGGGCGGGAUGGUGAGCUGUGGGCUGACGCACACGGCCAUUGUGCCCCUGGACCUGGUCAAGUGCCGCAUGCAGGUGGACCCCGACAAGUACAAGGGCAUCCUGAGCGGCUUUAGUGUGACGCUGCGGGAUGAGGGGCUGCGCGGCCUGGCCCGAGGCUGGGCCCCGACCUUUUUUGGCUACUCCAUGCAGGGCCUCUUCAAGUUCGGCCUCUACGAGGUCUUCAAGAUCCGCUACGCGGAACUCCUGGGCGUGAAGAAGGCGUACGAAUGGAGAACCGGCCUGUACCUGGCCGCCUCGGCCAGCGCCGAAUUCUUCGCCGACGUGGCCCUGGCGCCCAUGGAGGCGGUGAAGGUCCGCGUCCAGACGCAGCCGGGCUACGCCAGCACGCUGCGGACCGCGGCCCCCAGGAUGUACAGGGAGGAGGGCCUGUGGGCCUUCUACAAAGGCGUGGCGCCGCUCUGGAUGAGGCAGAUCCCCUACACCAUGAUGAAGUUCGCCUGCUUCGAGCGCACCGUGGAGGCCCUCUACAAGUACGUCGUGCCCAAGCCCCAGAGCCAGUGCACCAAAGCUGAGCAGCUCGCCGUAACCUUCGUGGCCGGCUACAUUGCUGGCAUCUUCUGCGCCGUUGUGUCCCACCCGGCCGAUUCCGUAGUCUCCGUUUUGAACAAGGAAAAAGGCAGCACGGCGUUUGGAGUUCUCCGCAAACUGGGGUUUGAGGGCGUGUGGAAGGGCCUGUUCGCCCGGAUCAUCAUGAUUGGCACCCUGACAGCGCUGCAGUGGUUCAUCUAUGACUCUGUUAAGGUCUAUUUCAAGUUGCCUCGCCCUCCAGUCGCUCAAGCACCGGAAUCCCUCGAGAAGCAGAAGUAG